GGCAGAUUUGUUUUUCCAACGUUACAUGUAAUUUAAUUUUAACGCAUUAAGAUAAAAGAGAAAAUGUCGGAAACUCCAAAUAUAAAACUAAGACGUAAAGUCAUUUCUUUGGAAACAAAAAUUGAAAUUUUAGAUCGCCUUCGAAAUGGAGAAGGCUCAACAUUUCUUGGCAAAAUGUUUGGUUUAAACGAAGCCACAGUAAGAACUAUAAAAAAAAAUGAAACUUCAAUUAGAGAAUCGGUGAUUUCUGGAACGAAACUAUCUGCUAAGUCUUCAUCAUACACUAGAGAUGCUACUAAAGUAAAAAUGGAAAAAGCACUCAUGCUAUGGCUUGAGGACAAUGCACAAAAACGGAUUCCCGUGGACGGAAACAAUAUCAAACAACAAGCAUUAAGGUUUUAUAAAAUGAUAAAAGACGAACAACCGUCUACCUCUACACAACCAACUCCUGAGAAGACCUACUUAUUUUCUGCAAGCACAGGAUGGCUGACAGGAUUUCUCCAAAGACAUGCGCUUCAUAACAUUAAAAUCAAGGGCGAGAUUGCUUCUGCGGAUCAGAAAGCUGCCAAAGAAUUUUCACAAAAGUUUAAGGAAAUAAUUGCCGAUGGCGCAUACAGUCCAAAUCAGUUUUUUAAUUCCGACGAAACUGCUCUUUUUCGGAAAAAAAUUCCGAGAAGAACAUAUGUUGCCAAAUCGCAAAAGAGUGCUGACAUUCAUGAAAUGCUGGCUGAUAAAGUUCAUAGCGAAGACGAUAUUUUACAUGCUUCAGAGAAUGCGGAUUCUAUAGAAAGCAGUUAUAGUGAAGAUCCUUUUAAGCUUGAUGUAAAUUUAAUUCAAGAAGGACUUCAGCUAGCAAAUAAAUUAGAAUACCAUUUCGUCACAAACGAUCCCAAUGUCGAAAGAGCUGCACAAUUCCAACGUGAACUGAAUUCUUGUAUGGGUCGUUACAAAGAAUUAUACAAUGAGGUAGCAACAAUUGGCCAACAACGGCCAACUGUUACAAAUGUAGAAGCUGAACAAGCAAGGGAAAGUCCAGUUCAAAAUUAUUCCAGAGAUGAUAGUGAUUUUAAACGUAAGCGAAUUCGAGUAACUGAUGAUGUCAGCAAUUAAAUUUAUAUUUCUGUAUUUAUGAAUAUCUUUUUAAUUAAAAAAAAAAGUGUUACCUUUUAAAUUGAAUUACCUAUUCUUCGUGCUAACAAUAUAGUGAUUUAACAUACACACAUACACGUACAUAAAUGUUUUUAGUUCCUGAA